GGCUGAUCAAUAACAAAGCAAGCAGCGAAAAGUUUAUCUCGAACAAACGAAGAAAAAGAAAAGCAUAACCGUACCGCAACCGGAGCUAUGGAAGAUGGAAAUAGCGGAGGUGGAGGUAUUGAAUUCGCCGGCGGAAUAGGAAAUACGAGCUUCGACGACCUACCAGAGGGAUGCAUCGUCAAUAUCCUGUCGUUCGCUACCCCGGUCGACGCUUUGCGAUUGUCCAGGGUAUCGUCGGUAUUCAGAUCUUCGGCCAACUCCGAUGCCUUGUGGGAUAGGUUUCUGCCCUCUGAUUACGACUCGAUCAUUCCCAAUUCCGCCGAACUUCCGUCAUUCUCUUCGAAGAAAGAACUGUUCCGCGCGCUUUGCAGUCGCCCGAUUUUCUUCGACGACUGCAAGAAGAGCCUUUGGUUGGACAAAGAGAGUGGCAAGAAAUGUUACAUGCUUGGUGCUAGAGGUCUCUCCAUUGAAUCAAGUGACAGUCCUCACCAUUGGGCUUGGAUCAAAGACAAAGAUUCCAGAUUUCCUGAGGUUGCUGAGCUCAAGUCCGUGCCUGCCCUCGACAUUCGUGGUGAAAUUACUGUUUCCAUGCUGUCUCCUGGAACAAACUAUGCUGCAUAUCUUGUGUACAAGCUCCAGAGAAAUGCGUUUGACUGCCUUUUGGUGGAGACCUCUGUUGGCGUUGCUGGAGCCGACAUCUUGGCUCCAGCCACAAUAUGUCUGAAUAUUGAUGUGGAACCCUUCUGGCAUCAUCAUCGAAACAGUAAUGCAGUGCUGGGAUUGAAACGCCCGAAGAAGAGGAGAGAUAAAUGGUUGGAGAUCGAGUUGGGGGAGUAUUUCAACGAGGCUGGUAAGAGCGGGGGAUUGGAGCCGGUUGCCAUCCAAGUGAAGGCUGGAGGAGAAACUCGGGGUUGCGUCGUCAUUGAAGGAAUCGAAAUUAGGCCUGCAAUUGGUUAGUGAUUUUAUUACAGUCGUCAAAGUUCAAUUGUACAUGAAAGAUAAGAAUAAGGCCUAAUUUUCAUUAGAUUCAGCAUCUUAGUAAGAAAAUAGCCAAAUAACAGCACAUAAUAGUUGUCUUUUGAUCAGAUUUUUCAAGUAGAUUCAUCUUAAAUGAAUGAUUAGAAACUAAGUUUUAUCUAAAAUUCAUAGGGUCUCAUAUCCAAAACAAAACAUUACCUAACCAUUUGUACAUAAAAGUGAC